AUGCGUAGUGGUGCUUUUGUGAAGCUUGCAGGGAUAAUGAGGAGGAAUGAUUUAUUGCGAGACUCAAGACAUGUUACAGUGGAGGAGCAACUUGCUAUGACUUUGAAUAUUUUGGGGCAUAAAACUAAAAAUCGAAGUAUUAGGUCACAUUUUAUUAGAUCUGGUGAGACUGUGAGUAGGUAUUUCAACAAAGUGUUAGAAGCAAUUUGCCUCAUACGAUCACGCUUUUUAAGACAAGCACAGAAUGAAGUUCCACAGGAGAUCCUUAGCAACCCUCUAUACUAUCCUUAUUUCAAGGAUUGUAUUGGUAUGAUAGAUGGGACACAUGUUGAUGCUAUGCUACCUGCUAAUCUUCAACCACGAUUCCGUGGUCGAAAAGGUGUUACACAAAAUGUUUUAGUGGAUUGUACCCCAAACAAGUUAUUCACUUACGUAUUAGCUGGAUGGGAAGGUUCUGCAAAUGACUUUAGAGUCCUUCAAGAUGCAUUGUCUAGGCCUCAACCUCAUGGUUUGAAAGUAUAUGAUGCUGGAUGGGAAGGUUCUGCAAAUGACUUUAGAGUCCUUCAAGAUGCAUUGUCUAGGCCACAACCUCAUGGUUUGAAAGUAUAUGAUGGAAAAUAUUACUUGUGUGAUGCGGGAUACACGACCAUGCCGGGUUUCAUCUCCCCAUAUCGUGGUGUUCGUUACCAUUUGAAGGAACAAAUAGGAAGAACACCUAAAAAUAGAAGGGAAUUGUUCAAUCUUAGACAUUCUUCUUUAAGGUCUAAGAUCGAAUCUACAUUUGGUUGUUUGAAGAAUCGUUUCAAAAUUCUUACCGCAAAGCCUCAUUACCCUUUCCGCGCACAAGUGGAUAUCGUAUUAGCUUGUGCAGUUCUUCACAAUUAUAUUGCAAUGGUGGACCCGGAUGAUGACAUAUUCAAUGAGACCGUUGAGAUCGAAGAUGAUGAAGGUGAUGUUGCUACGGAAGAUGAGAAUAAUAUUGUUGAUUUCUCUCAACCCCAAACUCUAAGGGAGCAAACACAAUCAAGAAUCGUAUGGAAGGAUCGUAGAGAUGAAAUAGCUUGGGCAAUGUGGGUUGAUUAUUGUGGAAAAUAUAAGGGAGGGAAUACUAAUGAAGUAGGCAUGUGA